UCUAACGCGACUUCCUUACAUAGAAUCGAAAGUGUGGAGUUUGAUCGAGCGGCUGAAAAACAAAGUUUCAUCUUUCUUUAAGCCUUCAAUGUAAUCUCCUGCAGUCAGGUUCAAACUGAGGUUCUGUUCUUCAGUGAAAACACCAACAGACUCAGACAUUUAGAACAAACUGAGCGUCGAUCAGCAGAAAGAAGAACACGGAAAUGGCUGCUGUGACCGCGACGCUCUGCUCAACGUUGCUGUUUGUGUUUGUCUCUGCAGAGCAGAAAAACAUCACAGCUGACUUUGGACAGAACAUCACUCUGCCAUGUCGAACUCCAAACAACAACAUAAUUUUAGGUGCAGAGUGGAGCAGAGCUGACCUGGGAGAAGAAUAUGUCCUGUUUUACCGGGAUGGACGGUUAGAUCCAGGAAACCAGCAUCCAUCUUUUAAGAACCGGGUGGAUCUGCAGGACAGACAGAUGAAGGAUGGAGACGUGUCUGUGAUUCUGAAGAAUGUGAUGAUUAAUGACUCUGGAACAUACGAGUGUCGUGUCGUCCAGACAGGAACAAAACGUAGUAGGCGAGCCAUUUUAGAGACUGUCCCCAUCAGCAUCAUCUACCUGAGAGUUGUUGCUCCUCCAGGUCCAGGAGGAGCUGUUGGAGUGAUCGUCGGCCUGUCAGUUUCUGCUCUGCUUCUUAUUCUUCUUGUCGCUGUUGUUGGUUUUAUGAUCUACAGAAAACAUAAACAUCAACAGAAUCAAAACCUAUACCAGUCUCCUUCUGCGCAGCAGGAUGUUUAAAAUGUGUCAGAGCUUUUUAGACAACAACAAGCCCCACAAUGGUUGAAUACCAACAAAAAGCACAGACACCAAGAGACAAAGAAGAAAACAGGUGGAUGGCAGGGAGCAGCUCAUCUGUCAGCAGAGACAGACCGUUAUUAAAAACAUAUUCCUCUGUGUCUGUGGGAGUGUGUCAGGAAACUAGAGUCAGUGAUGACACCAAGUAAAGAUAAAGUUAAUAAGAUGCUGCCUAUUAGAAUAUGUUUACAAUGUUAAAGCUUACAUAAUCUCAGUGUUUUUUUUACUUUGAUGUAGAUUAAUACUUUGUUGUUUUGCAUUUUUGGUCAUUUGGAAAAUUGCAAAUAUUAUUAUUAGGAGUAAAACACAGUAAUACAGUAGUAGCAGUAGUACUAUUCCAUUUAACACUGCUGUAAGCCUUGUUUCUCUGUUACAAACUGACUCUGGAUCAGUUACAGUUAUUAGAUCUACUCUCAGAAAAACCUGGAAGCUUUUCUAAUGUUCAUCAAACCACGUCAUUAUUGAUUUAUUGAUUUCUAGUGAGGUGUCAGAUAUGGUCUUCAUGCAGACAGAGUUACAGAUGUCUGUUAAAUUUAUUCAGACAGCCUUGUUAGUUCACCUGUUCUGAGGCAGCUCACAGAGUUUGAACACACUGAGGAGGAAAUAUUUAAUUCAGUCAUUUUCAGUCUCUGUUAUGGACACAGACAGCCCCCUGAUGGGGGCGCAUGUGUAGCUGCUGCAUUGAGUCCAUGUGGUCACAGAGAAACCAGGAAAGCAUGCAGACGUCUGCACAGCCCGUCAUGUUCUCCCUCUGAUGGUGGAAUUCAGAGCUGGCAGACUCGUGGAUGCUGAAAGGAUCUUUGCUGCUUUAGCUGCCUCUGAGCUUCAUCAAUCACUUUGUUUAUGGUUUGUUUCUCACUGUUCAUGAGCUCAGUGUGUGUCACAGCAUCAGGAUCAGUGUGUGUUUAUCUUUGUGUGUUCAGUGAUCAGCUGUAACUCAGUGACACAUUGUUGUGACAGUAUCAUGAAGCACAGAGAGAAAUCAUCUCCAUGUAUCUGCAGAGAUGUUUCCUCUGAUCUGUGAAGCUUUACUCAACUUUUCCUUCAUGAAGGAGACGCUUCAGUCUGUUUGUUACUUGAAAUCAGUGGUGGACAAACUAUGGCUCGUGGGCCACACCCGGCCCGUUGGUCUUUUUAAUCCAGCCCACCAAAGAUUGGCACACAAUUGCCCAAAUCAAAUCAUAUCAUAAUUAUGACUGAUGUUGAGUAUUCUGAGAAUUGCUACAGCAAAACUAACACCAGAUUUCAUGCACUGGCAAAAACAACACUGUUCCCACUAAAAGUAAAUGUAAGUAUUAACACUGUAAUGCCUUUUUUAUGUUUAUGUUUGCUAUGUCUGCAUCUGGUGCUGGCCCAGCCCAGCUGUCAAAUUUCAAAAAGAAAAUGUGGCCCCAGUGCCAGACAGUUUGCCCACCCAUGCUUUGAAUUUUCCAAUAGCUGUUCACAUUGUUACUUUAUUUCCUUUAUUA